AUGAGCACUUCUAAAGAUCAAUCCGAAUCUUCGCAACGAAAGGCCGGUCGUCGCAAGAUCCCAAUGGAAAAGAUAGAGAAAAAAAGUGAUCUUCAAGCAACAUUCUCAAAGCGCCGACCCGGGCUUUUCAAAAAAGCAAGUGAACUUUGCACUCUAACAGGUGCAGAGGCCGGCAUCGUAGUGUUCUCCCCAGGAGACAAAGCUCAUUCGUUUGGACAUCCCAAUAUCAACUCAAUCACUGACAAGUUUCUAGCCCCGGAGAAUAUCAAUGUAGGUAAUCAGUGGAUAGAGGAUCAAGACUUGGCCCAAAUGCAACAAAGUGAGAUAGAUGAUCUGACUCGAGUUGAGGAGAAUAUCGUUGCCGAGAAAGCACGGGGUGAAGAAUUGGUGAAGUUGAUGAGGGAGAAUUUGAUACCCUUUGGAAGCCCAAGUCUGGAGGGACUCGGAUAUGAGCAACUACAAUCGUUGAAAGAAGCCGUGACUCAAUUUGGAAAUGAUGUAAACAAUAUGGUCGGGCAAAUGCCUUUUGUUCCACCGGGAACCAAUGUUGGCGUGGAUAAUCCCUUUGGAGUGGAGCCAACCACCAUGGCGCCAAAUAAAAAAAGGUCGGGGUCGAGUGGUAGUGGCACCAGCAAAGGAAAAGACAAGGACUAUCAUGGUAAAUGGUAA